AAACCUGAUUGUUUUGGGGGCGGUCUCGGCCGUUUGACUAAAUUUGAACUUUUUGAAUUUUAUUGCAGUUUAUUAUUUUUGUUUCAUUUGCCUCAGACGAAUUGGGCGAUUUGAAAGAUUGGAAUUAUGGAGCAUGUGCAUUUGACAGCACUAGAAGAGGAGGACCUAUACUCAGGAUAUAAUGACUACAACCCAACUUAUGAUACAGAGGAACUAGAGAAUGAUGUUGCUUUUCAACAAGCUUUGAGGACUAGCCAUGGAAGAAGACCACCAAUGACUGCAAAAAUACCAAGUACUGGAGCAGGUGUACGUUCCUUUGGGAAUAUGGGGGCAAGAGUGCCUUUGGCCUCUUCAAUGGGAAGGCCUGCCACUGGAGUUAUUCAGGAUGGAAUUACUGUUGCUAGACCUAUGACAGCAGUACGUGCAGCUGGCUAUUCUUCUGCAGCUUACAGAGGCUCUACGUUUGAUCCACUUGGGCAAUCAAGAGGUCCUGCUCCACCUCUUGAAACAAAGAAUGAAGAUACGCCAGAAGAAAAAGUUAAGAAUUUAGAGAAGAUUGUAAAUGAAUUGAUUGAAGAAAGUUGCAUUGCCAAUAGAUGUGGUGACCUACAGUUGGCUUUGGAAAAAGCAAAGGAAGCAGGUAGAAAGGAGAGAAUACUGGUGAGACAAAGAGAGCAAACAGCAUCUUCAGAUCAUAUCAAUCUGGAUCUUACUUAUUCGGUACUUUUCAAUUUAGCCAGUCAAUAUGCAGUCAAUGAUAUGUAUGCAGAAGCAUUAAAUACCUAUCAAGUGAUAGUGAAAAACAAAAUGUUCAACAAUGCGGGUCGAUUGAAGGUAAACAUGGCAAAUAUUUACUUCAAGCAAAGAAAUUAUCCCAAGGCAAUAAAAUUUUAUCGAAUGGCAUUGGAUCAGAUAUCAAGUUCUCAUAAAGAGAUGAGAAUUAAAAUAAUGCAGAACAUUGGCGUUGUAUUUGUCAAAAUGGGACAGUACUCUGAUGCUAUCACCUCCUUUGAGCAUAUCAUGAGUGAAAGCCCAAAUUUAAAAACCAGCUUUAAUCUCAUUCUAUGCUACUUUGCCAUUGGUGAUCGUGAAAAGAUGAAGAAAGCAUUCCAGAAACUUAUUGUGGUCCCACUUGGUAUUGAUGAAGAUGACAAAUAUAUCCCACCUAAUGAUGAUCCACAUAUGAAUCUUGUGAUUGAAGCCAUCAAGAAUGAUCCACUCAGACAAAUGGAGCGAGAGCGGAAAGCAAUGGCAGAGAGAUUUAUAAUGACAGCAGCAAAGUUGAUAGCACCAGCAAUUGAAGCAUCUUUUGCAUCUGGAUUUGACUGGUGUGUGGAGAUGGUGAAGGCGUCUCAAUAUGUUGAACUAGCUAAUGACCUGGAAAUAAACAAAGCUAUUACUUACCUGCGACAAAGGGAUUUUAACCAGGCUGUAGAAACCCUGAAAAUGUUUGAGAAGAAGGAUAGCAGGGUUAAGAGCGCAGCUGCAACAAAUCUCUCUUUCCUUUAUUUUUUGGAAAAUGAUUUUGGACUUGCAGACCGGUAUGCUGACCUUGCUAUGAGUGCUGAUCGAUAUAAUCCAGCAGCAUUGACAAAUAAAGGAAACUGUGUCUUUGUUCGAGGCGACUAUGAAAAAGCAGCUGAAUUUUAUAAGGAAGCUUUGAGGAAUGAUUCUUCUUUUACUGAGGCACUCUAUAACUUGGGUCUUACUUACAAGAAGUUGAAUAGACUGGAGGAAGCUUUGGAUUGUUUCUUGAAGCUCCAUGCAAUCAUGAGGAACAGUGCUCAAGUUAUGUACCAGAUUGCAAACCUAUAUGAAAUACUGGAAGAUCUGACUCAAGCUAUUGAGUGGCUCAUGCAGUUGAUUAGUGUUGCACCCACUGACCCACAGGCAUUGGCUAAACUAGGAGACCUGUAUGACAAUGAAGGAGACAAGUCCCAGGCUUUCCAAUAUUAUUAUGAGUCGUUUAGGUAUUUUCCAUCAAACAUUGAGGGCAUUGAAUGGCUUGGAGCAUACUACAUUGACACACAGUUCUGUGAAAAAGCGAUUCAGUACUUUGAAAGGGCAGCACUUAUCCAACCUACUCAAGUCAAAUGGCAGUUAAUGGUGGCUAGCUGUUAUAGGAGAAGUGGUAACUAUCAAAAGGCAUUGGAAACAUAUAAAGACAUUCAUCAGAAAUUUCCUGAAAAUGCUGAAUGUUUGCGCUUUCUAGUUCGCCUUUGUACCGAUAUGGGACUAAAAGAAGUUCAGGAAUAUGCCACAAGACUAAAGAAAGUUGAAAAGAUGAAAGAGUUAAGAGAACAGCGUGUGAGGUCUGGCAGAGAUAGCAGUGCACGUGGACGCAGAGAAGGCAGCGCUAGUAGCGAAAAUGGUCAAAGUAGCUAUGUUACCAGUGCUAAAGGAGAACGGAUGAGUGCAAAGUUGAAGUCAUUGCCUGGUGUUAAUGAUCCUUAUGAAGCAAGCAACAACAAAGAUAUAGAUGCUUCAUAUGUGGAUCCACUUGGACCACAAAUAGAACGACCCAGAACUGCAGCUCGUAGACGGGUUGAAGAAGAUGAAUUUGCAGAUGAAGAACUUGGAGAUGAUUUGUUACCAGAGUAAUGAAUGCACCCACUCAGGUCACAAAAAAACAAAGAAAUGUCACUUUCACAGAUGACAUAUGAUAUUCUUGCUUUGACAAUGUGUACAUUAAAUAUACUCAUUCUAUAUUUCUCAUGAUUAUAGUUGCUUUAAUGUGCUUGCUAAUGCAUUAUUUAUUACAUUUGUAAUUAACUACAAGUUCCUUGUAAAUAUAAAACUUGUAUAUUUUUGAUAUUUUAAUAUCUGUGAUAUAGUGUU